AUGGACGCUUUCCUAAUCGACGCGCCCGAGCCGAACCACGCUUGCGCCUCGAUUGAAGAUCUGACCCUGCAACUUGCACACCUCCGCGACACAAAGGCAACAGACACAAAGGCGGAGCACAUCUCAGAAACCUUCGAGUUCAGGUCAACGGUUGUCUUUAACGUGCCCGACAACGAGAGCGAUGCCGACCCCGGUCCGAAUCCGGACCAGGCUGUGGGAGGGGCCCCAGGAGCUGUUCCGACCGCGCCUAUGAAUGGCAACGCUUCUACGACGACACGCGAGAUCCGUGCUAUCGACACGUUGCUGAACCAGCCGACUGAUGACCCGGCGCUACAAAAGCUCGUCGCCAAGCACAUCAUCGCAUCUUUGGGCAGCGUGGACGGGAGCUCAUGGACUGUUCGCUCCGUGUCCCGGAACGCGUCAGGCUGGACGUUCACAUAUCUAUGCAAGAACUCGACUCAGGCGUGGAUGCGCCAGAACUCGAAGCACUCUGCGAAACUGCGGAUAGCUGAGUCCAGUGGGAAGGACGGCCAGGAUCCUGUCAACCUUUCGCGGCCUGCCUUUGACUGCCGUGGCUCGGUCAUAAUAGCGUUUGCGAAGAGUAGUCGUGUAAUCACUGUCAAGCUCGAACAUACACCGCUGCACAAAACGGUGGCAGAGCUCGCAGAACUCUUCAAGCCUCCACCGCCCCUCCCUAGAGCAGAGGCUAAUAGACGGAAAGAUGGCGAACGUAAGAAGAGAAAGAGCCAUGCCGACGGUGCCGAUGCCUCAGAGAACGGCCCAAAGAAGAAGAGGAAGAAGGCCACAAAAGCUGGUGAGCAGACUGCGGAUGGUGAACAGGCACCCAAACCGAGGAAACCACGGGCUCCCAGGCCCAAGAAAACUCAAAGUCCUGGUGUCCAACCCGAGGCAGACGGUCAAAACAGCGCCUUGCUGAACCUGUCGCCGCUUGAGACAGCUCGUCGACACGAAGAGGCAAGCAAGAAGCUCCGGGAGAGCGGCAUAGACCCAGAUACGCUCUCCGCUGAGCAGUUCAACAUUUUCGCCAACCAGUCCCCAGACCUUCAGAUGGAGUCUCUAGCGAUGCUUGUUAAGUACGGCGCUGAAAGGUUGAGGAUUGUACAUCCAAACAAGGACAAUACCCCCCAGUCAGGCAGUCCAGCCCCGGCGAAUGGUGAUACUCCAAACGCCUCAACGAAGAAGAAGGCAUCGCGGAAGAAAGCCCCUCGCGAAGAUGGCGCGCCUAAAUGCACGAAGGACAAGCCAGAGUGCCAGGAGUGUGUUGGAGCGGGUAUCGCAUGUUAUUACCCACCUCAACAGAGUCGCAAGUCGGCUGGGGCCAAGUCUGCGGAAGUGGCUGAGGACGGGCCCGAUCUACUUGAGGGCGCUCCGGCGCCGGAUCCUGUGCCAGACUCACAGCCUGCUCCGGAGCCUGUGCCAGACGUGGCACCAGAGGAAGAAGCCUCAGACCUGGGCUCACCGGGUUUUGAUACCUCCCAUCCUCCUGCUCCUGAGAUGAUGGCGCCACCAACCGACACAACAGCCUUCGCAGAAGCACCCCAUGAUAUGUCUCAGGAUUUAUACCAGCCAGCCUCAAGUGGCCUCUCCUACCCUCAAGGCGUGGGCGUACCCGAGGACAUUUCCAAUACCGAUUACUUUACACAGCCCGCGUCGAACGGAAGUACUUAUCCCCAACAGUCACAUCAAGCAUCUGAUGUGGCUUAUGCCGAUGCACCAUCAGCCUCCCGUCUGCAUGUGCAGGAACCAGAGCCGGUGACGGUGCAACCUAGUCAAACUCCACCGCAGCCCACACACCAGACGUUGUCGCACGCCGGCACCCGCCGCAGCUUGCCAUCUGGCUCUGGUCAGCAUCAGACCGACUACAGCUCUACAAAUGCGACUCCAGCAGCCUCUUCAUGGCAGCCGACCAAUAUACCGGCAAACCCGCCCCAGGCGUAUUCGGAGUCUCCGGCGAUUAGUCAAAGUGCUCCCUCGAGGCAAAAUAGAAGCAGGCAGUCGGUGGCACCAUCUGCCUAUGACACCGCCUCGCACGAUGCUCUCCAGGCAGCGACGACGUUGACUCACGCAGCCCUUCAGCAAAGAUCCCACACGUCGCCAACAACAAGAACAGCGUCGCCGUUUGCGAACCCGACUCAAGCAGCACAGGUUGCCAGGGCAAAAUCGAGGCAGAGUCAGCGGUCACAAAGCCGCCAGACAGCGUCGCCGUUCCAGCAGUCCAAUGCGUCACAGCCCACCGCAGUAGGUGCUACUGCCUCUCUUUACAACGCUCCUUCCGUGACAGACUCGGGCAACGUACCCAGUUACGACCAAUACUCCCGCUACAAUGCGCCCAGCCAGACAACCGCGACAAGUUCCAGGGUGGCGUACGAGCCAUACUCGCAACAGGCUGCAUCUAGUAGCUCGGCCACAUCCUACUCAGGCUAUGGUGCCUAUAAUUCUCGAUCACAGGCUUCGAACGCGUCCUCACUCGCACAUCCCGUCACACAAAGUGCAUCGUCUUCCAGCUCAAACAAGGCUCCAGCCUCGUCGACUCCUGCCUACAGCGUACCGGCAUCCUCGGCUCAGCAGUCCACGACCAUGCAGUCGUUCAAUGUACGACCGCAGUCAACAGCUCCUACGCAGUCGAGGGCAGGUGGCAACACAUCUGCCACCUACUCUCAACAGCCCCAGCAGCAAACCCAAACCUACAACUCCUAUCCUGCCCAACCCCAUCCAACCACCAAUCCGCAGCAGCAGGAGUGGUACGGGUUCGGGACUACGAACAAUGCGACGUCCAAUUACGGGUCGGGGUCGUAUGGUCAACAUAGGUCUAUGAACCUUGCUGGCAGCACCUACACGAGCAUGAAUGACCAGGAGGCUCUGUAUGAGAUGUUGCGGAAUAAUCCACGUCACUAG